GGGCCGGCGCCACAUGCGCACGCAUUCGGCGGCCGCGCGCAGCACGCUCGGCGCGCGGAUGGCGGCGGCGGUGGCUGGGAGCGGGACGCCCCGGGAGGAGGAGGGGCCCAGUGGGGAGGCAGCGGCUCCGCAGCCCCAAGCCCCGACUGGUGCGCCCGGGCCUCGUCUCUCGAGGCUGCCUCUGGCGCGAGUGAAGGCCUUGGUGAAGGCAGACCCCGACGUAACCCUCGCGGGACAGGAAGCCAUCUUCAUUCUUGCACGAGCCGCGGAGUUGUUUGUGGAGACCAUAGCUAAAGAUGCUUACUGCUGUGCUCAACAAGGAAAGAGGAAAACCCUCCAGAGGAGAGAUUUGGAUAAUGCAAUAGAAGCUGUGGAUGAAUUUGCUUUUCUGGAAGGUACUUUGGAUUGAUUGCUAAGCUGGGCAGUUCUGUGAGCCCUCACCUGCGUCCUUCAGCUAGCCCCUCUCCUGCAGGACUCAGUUUUGAAGAAUGGUCUUUGGAAUAUUGCACUUACACACUUUGCUGUUCUACCUUUACCUAAGCUGGAAUAAGCAGAGAUCCAUCUGUUAGCUUUUCUCUCUGAGGCCUUACACUAUUUUAGUCUUCCAUUUCAGGCCUGUGUGCAGCUGCCGCUUCAGGCAGAGAUAAAGGAAUUGAUUUGUAUAGUUUGCUUAAUGAACAAUGAACAGAAUAAAGGUCUCUGAUCACUUUGAAACUAGUAUGUUUUAUAACCUUGCUCUUGUUCUUAUCCUUGUGGCUGGAGAGCCACCUGCCCAGUUACAGACCUUCAGUCUUCUCUGCCAGCCACUGUAAGCCUCAGUCUUUUCAUUUGUUUACUCUUUGUUUUUCCAGCAUGUCACCAGAAUGUGAUUCCAGAAUUGAUGGGAUGGUCACUUAAGGUCUUCAGAAGUUCAAAUAAAUGUGAUCGUUGAUUUAAAACCUGUUAAAA